UAGUUUCUAUGUCAGUCUACGUCAGUACCUUUAGGGCGGUCUCCAUCGGUGGCCCUGUAUAUAUAUAUAUAUGUCUGUACCUCCGUCUCUUAACUAAACAACACCAGCAGAGAGAAACACUGAUCUAACACACUACUGUACACCUCUCAGCUGACAACUCUAUUGCUACAAGGAUGCAGGCAGAGGAAUACAAUCGUAGAGGUAAGGAGAUGGUGGAUUACAUCACUAGGUACCUGACCACCAUCAGAGAGAGGAAGGUGACCCCAGGCCCAGAGGUGAAGCCUGGCUAUAUGAGAGCGCUGCUGCCAGACAGCGCCCCCACUGACCCGGAGGACUGGGACUGUAUCUUCAGGGACAUAGAGAAGGUCAUCAUGCCUGGGGUGGUCCACUGGCAGAGCCCCUACAUGCAUGCGUACUAUCCAGCCCUGACCUCCUGGCCCUCCAUGUUAGGAGACAUGUUGGCUGACGCCAUCAACAACAUCGGAUUCACCUGGGCCUCCAGCCCGGCAUGUACAGAGCUGGAGAUGAAUGUGAUGGACUGGUUGUGUAAAGCUCUUGGUCUCCCCACCUUCUUCCUCCAUCACCACCCAGAAAGCACCGGAGGAGGAAUACUGCAGAGCACAGUGAGUGAGAGUAGUCUGGUAGCUCUGCUAGCUGCCAGGAAGCACAGGAUCCAACAGCUGAAGAGGACAGAUCCAGCAGACAGAGACCUGGACGACUCAGUGGUCAACUCCAGACUGGUGGCCUACGCAUCAGACCAGGCUCACUCCUCAGUGGAGAAGGCAGGUCUGAUCUCCCUGGUGAAGAUCAGGUUCCUCCCUCCAGACGACCACUUCUCCCUGAGAGGAGACACUCUGAAACAGGCCAUCCAGGAGGACAGGAGGAGAGGACUGGUACCUGUCAUGCUGUGUGCCACUCUGGGGACCACGGGGGUGUGUGCCUUCGACGACCUGUCAGAGCUGGGACCAGUGUGUGCAGAGGAAGGUCUGUGGCUGCAUGUGGAUGCAGCGUACGCAGGCUCAGCGUUUCUCUGCCCUGAGCUGAGAGGACCUCUGGGAGGUAUAGAGUACGCUGACUCCUUCGCAUUCAACCCCUCCAAAUGGAUGAUGGUCCACUUCGACUGCACUGCCUUCUGGGUGAAGGACAAGUGCAAGCUCCAACAAACCUUCAGUGUUGACCCCGUCUACCUCCGACACGAAAACUCAGACCGAGCCACCGACUUCAUGCAUUGGCAGAUCCCCCUGAGUCGACGGUUCCGCUCUCUGAAGCUGUGGUUUGUGAUGCGCUGCUUCGGGCUGAAGAACCUUCAGGGACACAUCAGACACGGUGUAGAGAUGGCUAAGCUACUGGAGUCCCUGGUUAGAUGUGACCCUAACUUUGACAUGCCUGCUGAUAGACACCUUGGCUUGGUGGUCUUCUGUCUCAAGGAAGGGAAUGCUCUGACUCAGGAGUUGCUACGGCGAUUGACGCGGUCCCGCACCAUGUACCUUGUCCCCGCCGACAUCGAUGGGAAACGCAUCAUCCGCUUCACCGUGACGUCACAGCUGACCACCUCAGAGGACAUUAUCAGGGACUGGGACAUCAUUCGCAAAAUGGCCGCCGACCUUCUGGCCGAGGAGGCCGAUAAACAGGCGGUCAGUAAAAUGGAGGAGCAGCAGUCUCCAGUCAGAAAAACUGUUGAGAAGCUGUCAGAGACAAACAGUGAUUUGGGGAAUCACACAACAAAAGCAGCAGAGGACUUGGCUGCCUCUCUCAUGACGAGGAAACCAAAGGAGAUUGAAAAGGCCAUCAGUGACACAGAGGACGAACCACUGAAAACACCCAAAGAGUUGGAGACCGGCCAGACACAGACCAGCCCCAAGACAGGAUCUAAAGAGUUGGAGACCGGCCAGACACAGACCAGCCCCAAGACAGGAUCUAAAGAGUUGGAGACCGGCCAGACACAGACCAGCCCCAAGACAGGAUCUAAAGAGUUGGAGACCGGCCAGACACAGACCAGCCCCAAGACAGGAUCCAAAGAGCUAGAGGUCGGCCCGACACAGACCAGCCCCAAGACAGGAUCCAAAGAGCUAGAGGUCGGCCCGACACAGACCAGCCCCAAGACAGGAUCCAAAGAGCUAGAGGUCGGCCCGACACAGACCAGCCCCAAGACAGGAUCUAAAGAGCUAGAGGUUGGCCCGACACAGACCAGUCCCAAGACAGGAUCCAAAGAGCUAGAGGUCGACCCGACACAGACCAGUCCCAAGACAGGAUCCAAAGAGCUAGAGGUCGGCCCGACACAGACCAGCCCCAAGACAGGAUGCAAAGAGCUAGAGGUCGGCCCGACACAGACCAGCCCCAAGACAGGAUCCAGAAAGCUUGGAACCAGCCUGGCCCAGACCAGCCAGGACCCAGAGACAGGAGCCAGAGACGGCCCUGAGGAGAUCCCCUGUACUGCUGCCUUCAGAGUUCAGAGGGUCCAACCACAGCUCCGCUUGGACAGUGAUAAGACUGGAUUUAGACCACAUCCACCAUUCUGGAUGGAUAAAGAAAAGCCUGGUUCUGAGAACAGGCCGAGGAGGACAGUACGCUCUCUGAGCUGCAGCAGUGAGCCCUUACCUGGCCCCACUGGGCCACUGUUUGGUCAUAACACUGACCCCCUUUCUAAGCCUCUCUCUAGCUCUGUCACGGACUCACAGCCUGGACAUAAAGACCCAGACUUCAUCCACCCCCUAAAUGACACCCAGCUCAGACGUCUGUCUUCCAGCCCAAGCCCCUCAGGCCUCUUUCAGAUCCCAGAGUGGCCUUCUCCAACCAAUUCCACCCAGCUGGGAAAACGGGUGCUGAGGAAGCUCACCAAGUUCUACAGCUUGCCCAGUUUCUGCCACCUGUGGGUGCAGUGUGGGCGCUACCAGGUGUGCUGCCCUGUCAGGGGACUUCAGAUCGCCCCAAAGCUCAGAUCUCCCCAAAACCCUGGUCCUCCUCUGGGUGUAGGAGACUCCGCUGUUGGUCUUGUUCCUAUGUGACUCCAGUAGAUACUGCUAACUUUCCUGCUCUAAUGUAGCCAAGGUUAGCGCCUGGGUCGUAUUCAUUAGGCACAACGUAGCAAAAUGUUUUGCAAUGGAAAAUGAAAAUGAAUGUUUCUUAUUGUACAAGACCACCUUGGUCCAAUCCAUUUUCUUCCAUUUGGUGCCUGAUGCAUACGACCCUGUAGUCUCCCUACCAAAUGUUUCCCACAAACACCUUUGUGGUUUCAGGGUGUAGAGAUGGCAGAGCUCUGAGGUCUUUAAUUUAUUUUUAGAUUUUUUUUAAUCAGAUAU